AGCAUCGUUUCAUUAAGAAAAAAAAAACAGCACGACACGCCAGCGCGCACACCAACUCUCCGUAUCACAUAUUUGUUUCUCGCUAAUAGACAACCCCCUUUGACCUCGUUGUUUGUGGGUCUGCGCAUCUGCUUGUGUGCGUGUGUGUGUGUGUUCACCCUGGCGCAAUGUCAGACCACCGCAAGGUAGCGACGAGCGGCGAUACGGCCCUCUACACCAACAUGGAGCACGCUGACCCCCUCGAUGUCAACGAGAGCGUGGUGCUGCCUCCCAAAGCCGUCCCCACGCCCUACCGGCGUCCCCGCGACAUACGGCUGUACCUCUCUGUCAGCAAGGAGUCCCCGGAGAGCGAGCACGACCUCCCGCUCUUCACCCCGCUCAUCAUGACGGAGUACUCGCACGGGCGACAGGGCAUGACAGCCCCGUUCAACUCCCGUCGCCUCUCGGUCACCUGCAUACCCGUCGAGGCGGCCACCGCAUCUUCAGCGGGUGCAUCGCCGAAGAAGGCGGCCAGCAGCCACACGCCCAUAAGCCGCGUCGCCGCGCUGAAGCCGCCGAAUGAGUGGAGUGUCCCUGGCACCGCCGUGCGGGACUGCUUCAGCUUUGUGCAGGACCACUGCACUCAGAAGUCGUGUGAUGUGGAGGUGGAGCUGCACGUGUACGACUUAUCACAGGGCUUUCUGAAGAAGUACAGUAAUGAACUCGUCGGGGUCGAGACAACCGGGGUGUACCACUCCGGCAUCGUCUGCUACGGGCUUGAGUUCUACUUCGAGGGCGGCAUCGGCGUGACGGCGUCGGGCCGCACGCGGUUCGGCACCAAGUACAAAAAGCACCGCCUCGGAGUCACGCAGCGCACCGUCACGGAGUUCUGGCAGUGGAUCGCGACGCGAGCGCUGCACGUGAACCAAAUCCAUGACUAUCACCCUGUCCGCCACAACUGUCACCACUUCUCGAACGACGCGCUGCAGUACUUGGUGGGCGUGCAAGCGACGAUUCCGCAGUACCUUUUCGACACCGUGAACACGCUCGUCAAGACCCCGCUUGGCGCGGCGGUGGCGGAGGCGAUGACGCUCACGACCCGCGGCAUUCAGAGCGUGGUGUCACGCCAGAUGCUCUCGCGUGUGGUGGAGCGGCAGUGCAGCGUGGACAUGCAGCUGAGCGCGUCUACGGCCUGUGGAGUGCUGGCGCUGCCCCCUACGGCGGCCGUCGUGUUCCGCGUUGUUGAACCCCACUUUGCUAAGCGCCUCCUGAUGGGAAUUAGUCCCUUCUUGAAAGGUCUAAUUGCAAAAAAGCUGGUGAAGCCGGCGGCGCUGGAGGUGCUGGAGCAAACCGCAGAUGCCCUGGUGGACGCCGUGGACACCAUUCCGCCCAGGCUGAUUCUCAACUACGUUGAGAUGAUCGUCGAGUCCCUCCUGCGCAGUCCGAUGACGACGUGGGGCCCGAUUUUUAACAGUCUGCGCAUCGCUGUCUUGCAUCGGGUGUGCCUCAUCACCUGUGCCUUCCAUCCAAAGCUGCUAUCCAUUUUGGUGCUGGCGGCGCGAGACUUUCCACGCUUGUUGCCCGAUGGGCGAGUCGCCAUGCUGCGCCUGCUGUGCAACCUCGCCUGCUCAACGCACGGCGCCAUCAUCUACACCGACGGCCGUUACCGCGACUCGUGGGUGUCGCUGGUGGGUCUGGGCUUGAUGGACGCGAGCGCUGCCGUGGUGUACACAGCGGCGUGCCUCGCACUCAACCUGUCCCACUCCAUCGUCAUCACAACGAACCCGUCGCUGAAGCGCGACAUGUCACAGCUGAACGACGAGCACUACGCAUUGCGGCUGGUGACGCUUCUCCUGUACAACCUGCGCUUCCGCAGCGCGAAGCAGCUUCCGGAGCCGUCGUUUAACAUGGCGCUGCUCGCCCUUUAUCGACUCAUGUCGAGCAACGCGGUCGCACUAGAGUACGUAGUGUACCAUUCCUUUAAGCCGCACUACAGUGAGCUGCUAGACCGCUGCGAAUCUAACGAAAGCCGUGCAUUAGUUUGUCUCAUCAAAACCAUUGAGAAUCUCUUCGGCUAA